UCUGUCUUAAUCAUUCUGGUAGUUCGAAACUUCGAAUGCUCGAAUUAUACCUACGACUACGUUUGACGAGAAUUCACCGAUCGUAAAAUAAUUCUACCUCAUUAUCAUACCCGAAAACAAUUUUGUCAACGACGUUAUUAUUUCGUCGAGAAUUUUUCAUUUUUCGAGCGAAUUUUUCUCCCCCGACGCGAAUUCGUCGUUCGAUUGUUUUAUUACUUUUGACUACAUAUUUUUUUCAAAGAGUUUUAUUUCGUAUGUGAAAUGAAAUAUGAUAUUGAAGUUCGUGCUGUAGUUUUCGAAUUCGAGAGUAUUUUUUGCGACAACGUCGAUAGAUGUUUCCGUAAUUUUCGCCAUUUGUCGAUAUGAUACGUACGAUUGUUCAAGAUUUAAUUAUUCAUAAACGAAAAUCCAAAGUGGUGACGAAAGAUGAUUACUAUAGGAGAUUUCAAACGUGGACAACUGCCUCUGAUUUUUUAUAUUUGUACACCAAAGGCUCUCGAGUAUGGAUACAACAUCCCGUGGAAAUUUGGGAGAGCGCUGAAAUUAUCGAAUCAUACGAUGGUAAAAAACUCAGCGUAUUGACCGAAAGUGGCGAUAAACGUGAAAUAAAAACCGAAAAAUCAGAUGAACUGCCUCCUCUAAGGAAUCCGGAUAUUCUAAUUGGCGAAAAUGAUCUCACUUCUUUAUCCUAUUUACACGAGCCUGCUGUCCUGUAUAACCUUCUAGUCAGAUUUUGCCACAAAAAUUCCAUUUACACUUAUUGCGGAAUAGUUUUAGUAGCUAUUAAUCCUUAUCAAGAACUGCCUAUUUACGGUAACGAUACAAUAUGGGCGUAUCGCGGAAGAGCGAUGGGAGAUUUAGAUCCUCAUAUAUUUGCUAUAGCCGAAGAAGCUUACAAUCGAAUGGAAAGCGAGAAAAAAGAUCAAAGUAUUAUCGUAUCCGGAGAGUCCGGCGCCGGAAAAACCGUAUCCGCUAAAUACGUUAUGAGGUACUUCGCUACGGUUAGCGGGUCUUCGAAAGAAACUCAAAUUGAAAAAAAAGUUCUAGCUUCUAGUCCUAUAAUGGAGGCGAUUGGUAAUGCGAAGACGACUCGAAAUGAUAAUUCCUCCAGAUUCGGAAAGUUCAUCGAAUUACAGUUCAACAAAUAUUAUCAAAUCGUCGGAGCUAGCAUGAGAACGUAUUUGCUGGAAAAAUCUCGAGUCGUGUUUCAAGCUCCCGAAGAGAGAAAUUAUCAUAUUUUUUAUCAGCUUUGCGCUGCUCGAAAUCAGUAUCCGGAUUUAAAACUGGACGAUGCCAAAGAGUACGAAUUUUUAUGUUCGGAACACAUUAUCGCUGGAGUAAACGACGAGAAAUGUUUCCAAGAAACCAAACAUGCUUUGGAUACGUUAGGAUUCGACGAAUCCGAUCAACUAGAUAUUUUUUAUAUACUAUCUAGUAUCCUUUUUCUCGGGAAUAUCAACAUUAGCGAGAAUCCUCGCGGUGCUCACGGUGAUUCGGAGGCUAGCUUUAUUAAAGACGAUGACGUUCAUUUAGUGAAAAUGGCUGAGUUGCUGAAGUUGAACAGCAGAGAUUUAAGAAAAUGGCUAUGUCACAGACGUAUCGUCAGCAUGAAGGAGACUUUUGAUAAACCGAUGAACGCCAACGAGGCUAGAGGAGCUCGGGAUGCUUUAGCAAAAUAUAUGUACGCCGAAUUGUUCUGCUGGAUUGUAAAGAUGAUUAAUAGAGCUUUAGAAACGACCAACGAGAAACACAGAUUCAUCGGAGUACUCGAUAUUUACGGCUUCGAAACGUUCGAAAUCAACAGUUUCGAACAAUUCUGUAUUAAUUACGCAAAUGAGAAGCUGCAACAGCAAUUUAAUCUGCAUGUUUUCAAACUGGACCAAGAAGAAUAUCUGAAGGAGGACAUAGAAUGGAAGUUUAUCGAUUUUUACGACAAUCAACCGUGUAUUGACCUUAUCGAAACAAGACUUGGAAUAUUGGACUUGCUCGACGAAGAGUGCAGAAUGCCCAAAGGCACGGACGAUUCGUGGGCGGAUAAGUUAUAUGGCAAAUGUACCAAAUGGAAUCAUUUCGCCAAACCUCGUUUCGGUACAAGUUCCUUUAUUAUAAAACAUUUCGCCGACAGCGUCGAAUAUCAAACGUUCGGAUUCCUGGAUAAAAAUAAAGAUACGGUUAUAGAAGAACAGGUCGUGGUCCUCAAAGAUAGUGGCAAUAAGCUCUUGAGGAAGUUGUUCGAGACGGGAAACAAUAAUAAAUUGAACGUAGCGUCUCACGCAGCCACCAUAGGCCAUUCGAACAAAAUGCGAGUGUCGAUUGCAUCCCAUAAACAAAUGUCCGCCACUAGUCCGGCUAAUAAACAGCAUAAGAAGACCGUUGGAUCUCAGUUUCGCGAUUCUUUGAAUGCCUUGAUGGCUACGUUAAACGCUACCACUCCUCAUUAUAUUAGAUGUAUUAAGCCGAAUGAUUCGAAGGAAGCUUUUGUCUAUACACCUCAAAGAGCUGUUCAGCAGCUGAGAGCUUGCGGUGUUUUAGAAACUAUUCGAAUUAGUGCGGCCGGAUUCCCGUCCAGGAUUUUGUAUACGGACUUCCAUAGUCGAUACAAGGUGCUUUCUAAAUCAAGCCAAAGAAAAAAAGACAUUCGAGAAAGCUGCGAAUUUUUGAUGAAUACCUUCAUAAAGGAUGAAGAUAAAUAUAAAUAUGGAAAAACGAAGAUAUUUUUCAGAGCUGGACAAGUAGCCUUCUUAGAACGUUUGCGAUCGGAUAAAAUGAAAGCUUGUUUAGUCAUUUUACAAAAAACCGUUCGAGGAUAUUUAGCCCGAAAGCGCUACUUGAAAUCUUUGAACGCAGCCAAGCUGCUGCAACGCGUCACUCGCGGAUUUUUAGCUCGAAGACGAGUUCAUCAUAUAAGACGUAAUCGUGCGUCGAUCACUAUUCAGAAAAAUGUACGAAGAUGGAUUCAGUAUCGAAAGUAUCAGCAAAUCAGACGAUCUGUAUUGAAAAUCCAAUGUUACGGUAGAGGAUUGCUGGCUCGCCAGAAAUAUCAAAACAUGAGAGAAAAUAAAGCGGCUUCUAAAAUCCAAGCAACUGUUCGCGGUUGGUUACAACGUAAGAAGUAUCUUCAUUCGCUGGAAUCGAUCGUGAAAUGCCAGUGCACCAUUCGUCGUUUCCUGGCGAGGAAACAAUUAAAGGAAUUGAAACGCGAGGCUCGUUCUGUAGAGCACGUGAAAAAAUUGAACAAAGGAUUGGAAAACAAAAUUAUUUCGAUGCAACAGAAAAUAGGCGAAAUGCAAAAAGAGAUCAACUCACUGAGAAACGUCUCCGCCGAACUGAACGAAACCAAGCAAAAAUUAGAAGCUUUGAAGACCGUCGAAGCCGAACUGAAGACAGCUCGUGUUCAGCUGGCAGAAAGAGAUGUUGAAUUGAACAACGUAGUCAACCUGUUGCAGCAAGAAAGAUAUUCCAGCGAAGAACUGAAAAAUCUCAAACAAAAAGAAAUCGAAGAGUACGAAAAACGCUGCGAACGAUUGGAGCACGAAAGAGAAUCUCUCAUGAAAGAUAUCGAAUCGGUGAAAGAGUCCGCUACCGAGAACAAAGUCAAUAUCGAAGAAAUGAUACGAUCCAAAAUCGAACAAGAGAAAUUAAUUCUAUUACGAGAACAAGAUCAAGAUAGAGAUGCCUACCAAAAGCUAUUGACCGAACGAAAUAUCCUGGAGGCUAGAGUAGAAGCCAUGGAAAAGGAGCUGAUGAACCAAGGCCAUGGCCAUUACAGAUCUCUUUCCGAUGCUAGUACUAUUUCCAUUCAGGAUAAUUCCAGAGGAUCACCCGAUGGUACUGCUAGUGUAGUUGCUGAGAAAGAAGACGUCUCGCUUCUAUUAAAAUUACAUCAGAAAUUAAAAUCUUUGGAAUUCGAAAGGGAUAAGCUGACGAAAAAAAUCGACAACACUGAACGAAUUAUCUCCGGUAGUCCUUACAACGAUCGAGCUCGCGAUUCAUUCAAAAUACAAGAAUUGGAAAUGGAAAACGAAAAAUUACGCAGCAGUUUAGAAAAAUUGAGAAAAGCUGUAGCAGAAUCUCAUACAGAAGCUGCGUCCAACGAAUUAAUCGAUCAAUUCCGCGAAAUGGAGACUGAACUGAUUCGCAGACGAGAAGAAUGCAGUCAGCUGAGAAACGUCUUAGUCAACAACACCGAAGGUCUGAAAAGCCUAGCGAAAAGUAAUUACUCCCCCGAAGCCGAUCUAGAAAGUAUUAACGAAGAUGGCGAACUCGUCUUAGCUUUUGAAGCGCAGAAAAAAAUAAACAGACAACUCGAGGAAGAGCUGCAACGAGAAAAAACGUUGUGGACGAAAGAAAAAGAAGAUUUUAAAGAAGAAAUUGCUCGUUUGAAGGAAGACAACGAACGACAACAACAAUUAUUGGCUGUGAAUUUAUCGAAAUCUCCCCAGUCUCAGGCUGAAGCUUAUUUGGCAUCUGAAGUGAAUCGAGUUGUGGCUGAAAACUUGGAAUUCCGCGACAAAUACGAUCUCUUACAGAAAGAAUGCAGAAAAAUUAAAAAACAGUUACAGAGAUAUUUAGAAGAAUGCAAUGAAAAAAAUGCUAAUAGUACUAUAAUUGAGAAUAAUAACUCAGUGAAUACUUCUGUUAUCGCCAACAUAGUGAAUAGCGAAUUACCCUCGGUGAGGAAGAAAGAAAAGAAUUAUUUAGGAAUGUUUGAAUUUUCCAAAGACGAUAUUCAAACCAUUUUGAAAGCGCUAAUAAACGAUCUAAAGCCGAGCAUCGCUAUUAAUUUACUUCCUGGAUUACCAGCUUAUAUAUUAUUCAUGUGUGUCAGACAUACUGAUUUUGUCAACGAUGAAGAUAAAGUUAGACUGUUGCUUUGCGGGUUUAUAAAUAACGCCAAGAAAACGGUGAAGCGAAAAACGCACGACUUGGAAACCUCGAUACUAUGGCUUUCAAAUACCGUACGAUUGCUGCAUACGUUAAAGCAGUACAGCGGAGAACAAGCCUUCCAAGAGGAGAAUACUCCGACGCAAAAUGCCCAGUGUUUGCAGAAUUUCGACUUGUACGAGUAUCGUCAAGUGCUCAGCGAUCAAGCGGUGUAUUUUUUCCAAUGCACGAUACGCACGAUGCAGAAUAAAAUCAAAGAUUUAGCUUUAGUCGCGAUACUAGAAUUCGAAGCCAUUCCCGGCUUGUCCAGCGGUAAACAUCUGACUAGGUCUUUAUCGGUGACAACCGCAGAAACGCCUGUCAACCAAACACCCGAUACACUGCAGAAACAGCUCACCGAGUAUUAUAAUAUAUUAAGUAUAUUAGGAGUUGAUUAUCAAGUCAUCGUACAAGUUUUUCAACAGUUAUUCUAUUUCAUUUGUGCCACCAUUAUGAACAAUAUGUUACUUCGUAAAGAAUUGUGCCAUUGGACAAAAGGUAUGCAAAUUAGGUAUAAUUUGUCGCAUCUGGAACAAUGGGCUAGAGAUUUGAAUUUAGGAACUAGCGAAACGGCCAAUAUUUUGGAAAUGUUGCAACCUAUAAUUCAAGCAGCUCAACUUCUACAAGCUCGUAAAACCGAUAAUGACGUAAACAGUAUUUGUGAUAUGUGUAACAAAAUGACAACUAAUCAGAUAAUCAAAAUAUUAAAUUUGUACACUCCUGGUGAUGAUUAUGAAGAAAAGGUUUCCAUGUCUUUCAUUAAAAAAGUUCAAGAAACGUUACUAAAGCGGAAAGAUACUGAACAGCCCACUCUACUUAUGGAUACAAAGUUCCAGUUCUCGGUUAGAUUUCCAUUCAAUCCAUCAAACAUUAGAUUGGAAGACAUCGAGAUACCAGAUACAAUAAAUCUACCCAUGCUUCGAAAGAUUUAAAUGUAAUAUAUUGGAUAAAAUUCUGCAUUUGAACGAAUCAUAGUGGCAUUUAUAAAAACAAGUCUUUUAUUUUAUUAGAAUAAUAAUAUUGAAAUGCAUUUUAGAUUAAAUUAUACCUAAUUUAUUAUUGAAAAACCAAAGGUGUGUGAAACACAGUCGUCGAAUAUCUCUAACAUUAACGAUACGAAACAACGUAAUUUUCGAAAUAUUACCCUUUUUUUUGUUUUAGUUCAACUUUUGAAAAAAAAAAAUCAUGACUUCGACAUGAUAAUACUCGCUAGAUUUAAUUAUUUAAUUUUUAAUAUCGUGUGUAUGUAUGCGAUAGAUUCGUCCAGUACAGG